GCCAACCAUCGUUUGGUAGAAGAAGAAACUGUUUCGCUGGCGUAACACAACCUGCAUUGGUCGUGGUGCCAGCAAAAAGGUUAUUGACUUAGUGAAGCUCCUUUGUCUUCAUUUUAAGAUGUGUGACGAAGAAAAUGGCGGCGACAAUGGCACAAUGUCGAAAAGUGAUGACAUCGACGACCUCUCUGCGAGCGAUGAAUCUGAACCCGAGGAACAACCAAGCUCCGCACCGUUCGAUCCUGAACUGGAUGGUGACAAUGACGAUGAUGAUGAUGUCAGGGCUGUUUCAGUCGCUGCUCCAGCUUCCAGACCGACGGCUCUGAGCUCUUUCAGCCUGAAGGGAGGUGGCUCGGACUUCUCCAACCGUAGCCAGAGUAUCUUCGACUGCUUGGACAGUGUGGCCAAGCUGGCCUCGUCGUCGUUGGGCCAGGAUAAUGUCAUAGAUGGGGUGUUUGCUCGACCUCUUCCUCCGGUCCACAGCCGCAAGACGAGCCAGCCCCCGUUGAGCAGCCCCACACCAGCAAAGAAAAGAGGAGUUCCCGACUACCUGGUGCACCCCGACCGCUGGACCCACUACAGUCUGGAAGACGUGGCUGAGACCAGUGAUCAAGGCAACAGCAGGGUGGCCCACCAGUUCCUGGCCGGCCUUCAGCAGAAGAAAGAGGAUCCAGAGCCAGACAGUCAAAGCUCCUGCAGCAGCCAACAGAAAAUCAUCUUCUCCAAACCCAACCGGGCAUCGAAGGAGCAGAAUCCUGACGAGCUGGUAUCCACGAGAGGCAAGGAGAAGGGGAUGCGUCUUAGUCACCUGGAAGACGAAGACGAUGAGGAGGGGGGUAGGGCGAAAGAGAAGCCUGAGGAAACGCACAUAGACUCUAAGGUCGCAAAAGAAGGUGGUUUCAAGAAACUAGUUCAAAAAGAAAAAGGCUUGAAAGAGGAGGAUGAAGAGGCGGGGAUGAAACAAGAGGACAACCCCAGCUUUGUCUCAUUUAAGAAGACAAACCGCAAGACUUACAGGAAGAGCUCAGGCCAGGACAACUGAGGAGAGCAGGAACAGAGCUGACACUACCAUAGUGGGACAUUGAGUACCACGCAGAAGUCUUAGGCCACCUUUGUCUUUGUUGUUUUUACAAGGUUGAAAUGAGCAAACGUAUUUAAUUCUCAUUCUCAUUUCUUCAGACAUAAGAAAAUACAGUAAAUGUGUGCAUAGCCUUACGGGAGUUUUCAGAACAUUGCAGACCAGCAGGAUUUCAGCUUGUUUGAUCGUGACGCUUUGGUCUGAACUGGACUUAAGAAGCUAAUUACACAGCUAAUGAAAGUGAAUAUUCUACUGUUAUUUCCAUUUACAUACUCUACAUACGCUGUAAAAAUAUUUUCCACUAGUGGUAGAGUUCUUUGAUCACGUGCCUCCUUGUUUGGCCCCUUCAAACAGCAUCUAGAAGAAACAUUACGACAUGUUUCUUCUGUUACAUUAUAUUAAAAUUAGAUAUUUUUCUCCAUCUGACCAGAAAUGUGCUUUUCUUUUGGUUCUAUAUCCUCCUGAGACCCAGCAAUGCAUUUUUGUCCUAUGUAAUAGACAAGAGUUUCACAGCUUUAUUUAAAAAAACAAAACAAAAAAAACUGUCCACUGGAAAGGACUUUUUAUUAAAUUAAAAAAAAUAGGUAUCUGAAAAACUGUGGUAUCAUACAGUUUCCGAUCAAGUCAAUUAUUUUAUAUAUAUAUUACUUACUGGGUCUCAGGAGGAUGUGUCUGUAGUCCAGCCUGAAAAACUAUGCAAAGCUGAGUGUUGCAUAUUCUGAAUGUGAUGUAUAGAUGUACCAAGAUCCCGAACAGUGUUGUGUAUCCCACAUUUUAAUUGGAAAAUGCGUCCUAUAGAUCCAUAAACAUUGUCAUAUUGGGGAUAAUAGUGGAAUAUAAGUGUGCACUUAAAUGUACUGAGUGACUGAACAGCAGAUACAAACUUCAUUGAAUCAUUUAUGUCCUUUCUUGAAAAUAUGUAAACUUACUGUUGUGUUUUGUCUUUAGUCUUGUGUCACAAGUCCCCCCCAAAAAAGAUGAAUAAUAUGUACACUGAAAAAAGAGAAAUGGGGAGGCCAAUUAUGACUUUUCUGAAGUAGUUUUAAAGCAUGCAACAGGUCAUGUCAUUGAAUUUACUGUUGUUGUUAUUUUUAAACCUAAUGACAGUUUCUCAUGUUGGAUGUUCUUUAAUAAAAAUAUGGAAUUUUGUU